AUGGAAAAUCUUGACAAGCUCACCGCCGCGGGCUUGCCCAUCUUCGAUCUCAACCAAGAGCAUUUGGGUCAGAAAGACUGGUCUCAGACAUCACUCGGCCCUCGCGAGUCCUGGCCGUCGGCGCUCAAGUGCCUCGUAAACUCGUGCAUCCUGCCUAUGCCCCAUUGUGCCGCCAUCUUCUGGGGAAGCGACCUGACCGUAAUCAAUAACCUCGCCUGGGCCAAGGCACGCGGCGAUCUGGAUGACCAGGGUUCAAAUGCCCACGAGAGCCACGGCAGUAGCGCGCUCAGCACGCUGCGCGCAGUGCUGAGGGGAAGAACGGUCAAGGUAGUCGCUAGGUUCUUCCUCACCCACGUCAUCGACAGUCGAGAGUCACAGCUCCUCCUGAGCACCAUCCUCGAUGAGCAUGGUAAACGACAGGGCAUCUUGGCCCAGCUUCUGGAGAAUCACACUGUGGAGAGAUAUAUGCCAAUCGAAGGCUUGGACGAGAUGUCGCGCAAGAGCCAGCCAACACAACGAAGGGACUCGGAGCCCCACCCAGACAGUAAAGACGGUAAAACCAAGAGUCAGCAGGCCGACUCCAUGCAGACCCAGUUAUUUCAGAGAUUCGCCGAACUGCUUCCCAACGGCUUGGCUAUCCUCGACAAGAACGCAGAGGCCAUCUUUGUAAACGAUGGCUUCUUCGAGCUCACUACAAACAAAGGCCAAAACGAGUUUCGUGCCUGGCCGGAGAGCAUCCACCGUGAGGACUACGACCGAGUCAUGGCUGCCUAUCGCGAAGCAUUUGAAGGCCAGCAAGAACUACGAAUCGAGUUUCGAUGCGCCACUGACGCUGCCAAUGACACAGCCGGGGGCGCGUGGAGGAUGUUUCUUCUGAAACCUCUUGGUGACGAUCCCGAGGUUGGGUUCAUUUGCGCUGUUGUAGACAUUACCGAAAUCAAGGAGGCCCAGCUUACGCAGGAGAGGGCGGCGCGCGAAGCCCAAGAACGGAAAGAACAGCAGGAGAGGUUUAUUGACAUGGUCUCGCACGAAAUUCGUAAUCCGCUUAGCGCUGUUUUACAUCUCGCAGAGGAAGUCAUGGAGAUUACUAGGGAGAUCACGAAGAAGAUUGGACCAGGUCACGCAGAUAUAAGCGGUCAGAUUGCAGACAUUCUGGAUGCUGCAGACACGAUACUUCUCUGUGUAACUCAUCAAAACACGCUAGUGGACGACAUUCUUUCUUUUUCGAAGCUCGACUCCAUGAUGCUUACGCUUGUCCCGCGCGAUGUGAGGCCCAAAUGGGACUUCUCCAAAGCGCUCAAGGUGUUCAGCUCCGAGUUCAGGGCCAAGAGCAUUGAUUUCCACUACGCAAUGGAUAUUUCGUAUGAUGAACAAAGAGUCGACCAUGUUAUUGCGGAUAUGAACCGGAUGAAGCAAGUUUUGGUCAAUUUGAUCACCAACGCCAUCAAGUUCACAUCAAAAAAGAACGGCGAAAGGAAGAUAGUAGUUUCUAUGGGCGCCUCCACAGAGCGGCCAACUUCUUAUCCUCCAAACGUAAUAUUCUUCAGCACGGAGGAGGAUUCUUUACACACUGAUGCAACAGUGACUUCUGGUUGGGGCAAGGGAAAGCCAUUAUACCUUAUGGUGGCUGUCAAAGAUACUGGCAUAGGCAUUGAUCGAAAUGGUCAAGAAAAGUUAUUCGAACGAUUCAGACAAGCCACACCAAAGACACAAGAAAGAUAUGGUGGCUCAGGACUAGGCCUGUUCAUAUCACGUAAAUUAUGCCAGUUGCAUGGAGGUGAUAUCGGUGUUAGCGCUGUAGAAGGCGAAGGCUCAACUUUCGGGUUCUUCUUCAAGGUACGACAAUCAGAUGAAACGAGCGAGGACGGUCGGCCGCCAAUUCAGUCUCGAAGUAAUUCUGAAAACUCGAAUACCUCCUCCAAUCGCACAGAUAUACCAGUCCUUCGACCACCUCGACCCAGCUACAGCCGCGCAAACUCGAAUCUUCAGAGCAUCAAAGAAAACCACGAGCGCCCAGCCAUCCAAACACUCACAAGUCAUGAAGGAGUGGACAGACGCAACGUCAUCGAGUCUCUCGAGAAUCCACCGACAGAAUACGUAGCUGAAUCACAUCCCGCUGCCUCUGGAGACCGCCGCUACAAGGAGACGGAGCGUAUUGCCGAAUCCAUCGCUCCAGGAAGCUCUGCCCCCGAACAAAAAAGCGAGGAGCUGGAGAAGGGAGAGACACAACGACAGGAGAACGCCGCUGAAGAGAUAUCACACACGCAGAGCUCUCAACGCAGCGAAAGCAAGAAAAGCCUCCUCCUCGUAGAAGACAAUCUCAUCAACCAAAAGGUUCUUCGCCGUCAGCUUCAAUCUAGGGGAUUCGAAGUGUUCAUUGCGAACAACGGACAAGAAGCUGUUGAUUCCGUUGCAGAGCGCGGCAAAAUUGCCAGCGGCAACCCCAAUCACAGCGACCAUUUCGACUGCAUACUUAUGGAUCAGGAAAUGCCGGUCAUGGAUGGUAAUGCAGCGACACAGGCGAUUCGAGCGCUACAAAGAGCGGGCAAGGCUGGGUACAGUCACAUCUUGGGCGUGUCGGCCAAUGUACGUGAUGCGCAGACCGAAGGAAUGCGGGAUGCGGGUAUGGAUGAAGUCAUUAGUAAGCCGUUCAAAGUGGACGAUCUAGUGAGAAAGAUCACAGGCAUGAUUUCUGAUAAUGGCGAUGGGCAAAAGAGAUUGGAUGAUGAUAACGCGCAAGAGCAGAAAGAAUCAGCAGGGAAGGAGCUCGAGAAGAAAGAAGGCAUUGGCCAUGAGAGUGAGAUGAGGAUUGCCAAAGGGAAGGUGGAUGAUGAUGAGUUAGUGCAUAAGCUGACCCUAGCCAUCAGAAGGGGUAGUUCCCGCAAGCAAGACAGAGGACGAUAA